ACGCCGCCCGACUGGACGACCACAGCAAUAAUAAUAUUGUGACCUACUGACGCGCCAUCGGUUGUCGAGUUAUUCCGCACUCGCGUGGAGUGAACGUAUUAUUUACACGCUCGUGAGUCGUCGUCGUCGUUCGCUUCGAUUUCCCGCGAAAAACCGUGUCCGAUUCGUCAGACAGUCAUUUAACGCCAAACCGACCAUGUUGGAAACCAACGUGUACAACUUCGUGUUGAUCCCGUUGGCGAUUUUGAUAUCGUACGCGAUAUGGUCGCGACUCCGGAAACCACUGGAAUACCGCCAGAUAUCGUCGCACGUGCCGUCCGUCACGAAAAACCUUUGGAGCGAACUUCUGUUUUCGUGCAGCAUCGCGAUGAAACACCCUAGAGAUUUAUUGCCAUUCUUCAUGGAAAUAUUUCUAAACAACGGUCCAGUUGUUCAUUGCAAUAUUACUGGACGGUCAUAUGUAUUGUUAAAUGAUCCAGAUGACAUAAAAAUUCUGUUAUCCAGUACACAGUACAUAAACAAAGGUCCCGAGUAUAAAAUGUUGAAGCCAUGGCUGAAUGACGGCCUUUUAUUGAGCUCAGGUUUGAAAUGGCAAAACCGUCGGAAGCUACUGACCAACACUUUUCACUUUAAGACAUUAGACAUGUACAAUCCUGCCGUCAAUAAGCAUGCAAAGGUAUUUACAAAAAAGCUCUUGGAAGCGUGUGAGGACGAUAAAGAAAUCUCCGUCAUGGAAUACGUGACGUUAUGUUCUUUAGACAUCAUCUGUGAAACAAUUAUGGGAACUGAAAUGAAUGCUCAAAAAGGGAAAUCCAUUCAAUACGUCUAUUCUAUUAAAAGUGCUUGCAGAUCAGUGAUUGAUCGAGUUUUCAAAUUUUGGCUCUGGAAUGAUCUGAUCUAUAGAAUAAGCGAGAGUGGUCGAUCGUUUUUUAAAUCAAUUAGAGUGUUACACGAUUUUACCGAUAGUGUUUGUAUACUAAAAAAUGUUAUCAAACGUAAACAAUCAUUGUUAAAAACUUCUGGAAAUACAAUUGUGCAGCCUGAAAGCAAACCAGCUGAAAAAAGAAAAACGAAAUCGUUCUUGGAUUUACUUCUGGACGUUUUGAAAGACAACCCGGAUCAAAUGACCAUCAAAGACAUUCGGGAAGAAGUAGACACUUUUCUCUUCGAGGGCCACGACACGUCUUCCAUAUCGAUGACGAUGACUCUUUUAUUGCUGGGGAUGCACCAAGAUAUUCAAGAUCGCGCUAGAGAAGAGCUACAUAGUAUAUUUGGUGACUCUGAUCGAGACGCAACAAUGGAAGACUUAAAUGCAAUGCGAUAUUUAGAUGCAGUCAUUAAAGAAUCACUCCGGCUUUAUCCAAGUGUACCGAGUUUUACGAGAGAAUUAGAAACAACUUUACAGCUCGAAAACUAUAAAAUUCCUCCAAUGACAACAAUGGUGAUAUUUCCCUAUAUUUUACACCGGAAUGAGAACAUUUUUCCAAAACCUGAAGACUUUAUUCCUGAAAGAUUUUUAGACGAAGACAAUAAAUCAAAAUUUCUAUUUGGUUACAUACCGUUCAGCGCAGGUGCAAGAAAUUGCAUUGGACAAAAGUAUGCUAUGAAUCAAAUGAAAACUGUCGUAUCGACCGUCUUACGAAAUGCGAAGAUUGUAUCUUCGGGAUGCAAAGAAGACAUUAAAAUUAGUAUGCAAUUACUUAUAAGAAUAGAGUCACUACCAAAAGUGAUAUUUCGUCCACUUUAUAAACGGACUUCCGCGGAAAUGAUCGAAGUGAACUUUUACAGUGUGGUGUUGGUGCCAUUGGCGGGUUUGAUAUCGUACGCUAUAUGGUCGCGACUACGCAUGCCGGUGGAGUACCGACAGAUCUCGUCGCACGUGCCUUCCGUGACGAAAAGCUUUUGGAGCGAGAUGGUGCUUUCGUGGAAACUUGCGAUGCUGCAGCCCAAAGAUAUAUUGCCAUUUGUAACGGAUUUAUUUAAAGAGAAUGGUCCAGUAGUUCAUUUUAAUCUAUCAGGGAGAUCUUACGUUUUGCUAAACGAUCCUGAUGAUUUAAAAGUUCUACUGUCCAAUACACAAUAUAUCAAAAAAGGUCCUGAGUAUGAAAUGUUGAAACCGUGGCUGAACGAAGGCCUAUUAUUGAGCUCAGGUCAGAAAUGGCAUAACCGACGGAAGCUCCUCACCAACACGUUUCACUUCAAGACAUUAGACAUGUACAAUCCAUCCAUAAACAAACACUCUCGUAUAUUGGUGGAUAAACUAUUUGAAGCGUCUGCGAACGACGAUAAAGAAAUCUCUAUCGCUGAAUAUGUGACUUUGUGUUCUUUGGACAUUAUUUGUGAAACGAUUAUGGGCACUGAGAUGAAUGCUCAAAAAGGUAAAUCAGCUGAAUAUGUUCAUUCGAUUAAGAGUGCUUGCAAAUCAGUAAUUGAACGUAUUUUCAAAUUCUGGCUGUGGAAUGAUCUGGUUUUUAGAAUGAGUGGAAGUGGUCAAAGUUUUUUCAAAUCAAUUAAAAUCCUACACGAGUAUACUGAUAACGUAAUUAAAAGUAAACGGGCGUCGUUGAAUAACUCUGGAAUUGAAAAAAUUAGGUCAGACAGUAAAUUUGAAAAAACGAAAAAGAAAUCGUUCUUAGACUUACUCCUUAACGUCUUAAACGACACGCCGGAUCAGAUGAGUGACAGAGAUAUUCGUGAGGAGGUAGAUACGUUUCUUUUCGAAGGCCAUGACACAUCUUCCAUUGCGAUGACGAUGAUUCUGGUUUUACUGGGGAUGCAUCCGGAAAUACAAGAUCGAGCCAGAGACGAGCUACGUAGCAUUUUUGGAUACUCUACCAGAGAUGCUACGAUGGAAGAUUUAAAUGCUAUGAAAUAUUUGGAAGCCGUCAUCAAAGAAUCGCUUAGAAUGUAUCCAAGUGUGCCGGCCUUUACGAGGGAACUGGAUAAACCAUUGCAGCUCAAUAAAUACAUUAUUCCUCCAAUGACUACAAUUACAGUAUAUCCCUUUAUUCUACACCGCAAUGAAGACAUAUAUCCAGAUGCUGAAGAAUUUAUUCCUGAAAGGUUUUUGGAUGAAGAAAAUAAGGCAAAAUUUAUAUUUGGAUAUUUACCGUUUAGCGCCGGCGCCAGAAACUGCAUCGGACAAAAGUAUGCAAUGAAUCAAAUGAAAAUAGUUGUAUCAACCAUUUUACGGAAUGCUAAGUUUGAAUCCUUAGGACGCAAAGAAGAUAUUCAAAUUAGUACGCAAUUAAUCAUAAGAAUAGAGUCACUUCCAAAGAUGAAAUUUUAUAAGCUUUAAUAAUGUUAUACAUAAUGUAGGUAGUGAAUAGAUAUAACUAUAAUUGUUGUACUCAUUUAACUAUAAUAUUUUAUUUUAUUCAAGUACAUAAAUUGUAAUUAAUUGCCUAUUAGGUAUCUAAGUACUUAUAUUAUUAAGUUAUUAAGCUAUGGAUACGUAAUAUAUUUUUUAUAAAAUAAA